CCACUCAAGAGGCUCAAUUGGCGGGCGGCGGCCCUGCAGGCGGUGCCAGUGCUGGCCUUGCCCCAAGCUCCACGGCCGAUGUCGACAGCCGGCCGCCGCUAGGCUCUUCGAGGAGAAUGCUGCUGCCACUCGCACGCGAUUCUGAACGUCUGCCGCCGCCAGCUAGCCAACUUUUCGUCGCAACCUGGCCCGUCCCGGCUGCUUCCUCCGCUCCCCCGUCGCUCCUAUCAUUUACACUGUACCUCCUGUCCUGUCUUUUUGCUGUCUCGUUAGAGCCUCACGCAAUCCGCUUUCCCUCCCUCUUGCAUCCCUUCGUCGACUCUACCUCUCGAGCGGCUCCUUACUCUCCCGCCAGUUCGGUCGAUUAGCUUCGCAUCGAACAGCUCCUCCUUCGCCCACGCGCACCUCAUCGUUGAGCCCUCGCCCGCACCCGCACACACACACACACAUCCCCAAGCCGCCAGCAUGGGUGCCAUCGACACCGAGUUCAAGCGUCUCCAGGACGUCGUCUCCGGCCUCGAGGAGCGCGUCAAGCAGCUCGAGCAGCGCCAGAGCGGUGGCCCUUCCGUGACGGACAGCAUCCGCAUGGUCAUCAUGGGCCCCCCCGGUGCCGGCAAGGGCACCCAGGCUCCCAAGAUCAAGGAGAGGUUCUCCUGCUGCCACUUGGCCACCGGUGACAUGCUCCGAUCCCAAGUCGCCCAGAAGACGCCGCUCGGCAAGGAGGCCAAGAAGAUCAUGGACGCUGGCGGUCUCGUCAGUGACGACAUUGUCAUUGGCAUGAUCAAGUCUGAGCUCGAGAACAACAAGGAGUGCAAGGGAGGAUUCAUUCUCGAUGGCUUCCCCCGCACCGUCGCCCAGGCCGAGGCUCUCGACAAGAUGCUUGCCGAGAAGCAGCAGAAGCUGCAGCACGCCGUCGAGCUCCAGAUUGACGACGCUCUGCUCGUUGCCCGCAUCACUGGCCGUCUGGUCCACCCUGCGUCGGGUCGCAGCUACCACAGCACUUUCAACCCGCCCAAGAAGCACAUGACCGACGACAUCACUGGCGAGCCCCUGAUCCAGCGGUCAGACGACAACGCCGAUGCCCUCAAGAAGCGUCUCGUGACCUACCACGCCCAGACCGCCCCCGUGGUCAACUACUACCAGAAGACUGGUAUCUGGAAGGGUGUUGACGCCAGCCAGGAGCCUGGCCAGGUCUGGAAGAGCUUGCUGAACAUCUUUGAUGCCAAGCCCAAGAGCGGCAUCCUCAGCAAGCUUACUGGCAAGUAAAUUUGGUCACCUUAGAGUGACAUAAGCAGUUGCCGUGCGCCCCUGUCAUCACAUGCGGCGCAUCGGCAGCAUGCACGAGAAAAUGGCGAGGCCACUCAUCUGAGAGCACUCAUCUAAUGGCGAUUCAUGUCAUGUCGGUUUAUGUGAUCACGCAUGGGAGGGGCUUCCAGAUUCAGAACACUUGGCGCAUGUCGGAAGAGGACAAAAGAUCUGCCCGCAUAGUGGGAUGUUGUAUCAUACGAAAAAAAGACGUCGGUCAUGAGUGAUGGCCGGUAUGUACAAAUGACACUAAUGAUUAUGCA